AUGGCAGAAAAUAUCUUAGAGAAAUUAGAUAUUCUGGAUGAGCAAGCAAAAAUACUCUUGGCCAGAAGAACAAAGAAAAACAGGCUUCAGAAUCUAGCAAAGAAAAAGACUUUGGUUACACCCCUGACAUUUGAUUUUCAAUUGGAAUUUGAAGAGGCUAUUGAUACAUCCACAUCUAAGACAGUAUCGAAGAUCACAGAAGACAAGUCAUAUGGUAUUAAGAAAACAAAAAGGUAUGUGUCCUGUAAAAAAAAAUCUGAACCUAGAAAGAGUAAUUUUCAAAAGUCAAAUGGAAGUCCACAGUUUAUACCAACAAAUAUGAAGAACCCAGAAAGCAAAUCAAUAGAGCCAGUGGGAAAAAAUCUGAGACCAAGAUCUGUUAGAUCUUUUUAUUACCUUAAGGAUACAGCUGAGGUGGAAAAUACCAAGCCUUUGUAUGAUCUAUAUGCACAAAAUAGACAAGCAUGUAGAAGAAUAAUGGAUUCUGCAAUCUUUUUUCCUGAACCCAGCAUUCAAUCUAAUGCCUAUAAGAAGGAAAAAGACUCUGCUUUUACAAAAGAAAAUAAGUCAAUCAGAAAUUAUCAACUAAGUGAAUAUUGUUCAGUAAGAAAGAAAAGCUUACUCUCCUUGUGCUUUGAGGAUGAACUGAAAAAGUCAAAUGCCAAAAUAAUCAACAUUAGUCCAGCAAAGACAGUGACUUCCCAAAUGGAACAAAAUGAUACAAAUCCCAUAAUUUUCCAUGACACUGGAUACGUACAAAUGUUAUUUUUGACAAAAAAUAGGCUGCCUUGCCAUCCUAUGGAAAAUGGAAACAUUCACCCACAUAAAAGAGCAAACUUUGUUUUAGAAAGAAAUCAUGAAAUCCUUAAAUCAUUAAUGAAUAAUCAACCUAUUACUCCUUUCAAACCUAAAAGAACUAUGUCUGCAGCAUGGAAGAGAGAUAUACAUGCAAUACCUUUUGGAGUGGGUGAUAGAGUUGUAGAGGAUAAACUAAGGAAGAAAACUAGUAAGCAGACAUUUGAAAACGUAUCUUGGAAUAAACUCUAUGAUUUCUCACAGGCUUUUUCAGACCUAACAAAAAAAAUGGUGGGUUUCCUCGAGAAAAAUCUUAUUCAAGAAACAAGUGCUAAAAAUGGCAAAUUUGAAAGAAUGGUUUCUACAGGAAAACCAGUGAGUAAAUUCAGUGCCUUACCUGUCAAACUGUCAAAGCCUUUAACAAAUGUACUUGGAGUCCAUAAAUUAAAUGAUGUCACACCAUUGGAUGAUUUGUUAAACUUAUCAAGUGAAAAAUUAAAUGCCUCAUAAAAUACUGUUUAUACAGCAAUGAUUGGGUAACAAGAAGCAAAUAACAGAGUUCCAAGAUCAUAGAAGAAAUUCUUAUCUAAAUAGUAAUGUUCUAAUAGAUAGUGUAAGAAAAUCAAAGCAUAGAAAUUGGAGUUACAAACCAAUAGCGGUCUAUUGAAGAAAAACUAACAUUUUUAGUAAAUAAAAUGACAAAAUUAGGAAAUAAUUAUCAACAAGAGGAAUAGUUUCUGAAUUUUAAUUAUCUUAAUUAGACUCUUCCGUCAUCAACAUUCCUACAGUAAAGUCUGAUUUGGGAUCAAGAAUGGGGCAUAGAUUGACUAGAAAUUUGCUCCUGGAAGCCAAAUACCAGUAACAUUGCUCUGUAAUUGAAUAUCAAAAUAAGACAAAUGUAACAUUAACUUGAUGCUUGUGGACUUAAUCACAUAUCAGCCUUUGGGAUAAU